AUGGAUGCUUAUAUGCUUGAAGAUGGUGAGGUCAAAGACCGCAUCCAUCAGGCUUCAGAAUUCCUCGAUCCGAGGGAGGGAGCACAUGAGCGCAGCUACAGAUCUGACAUUAUUCUGAUGAUUCAGAAGAACCAGCGCCGCCUGACUGUCAAUAUCAACCAUGUUCGCGAUCACAACCCUGAACUUGCCGACGGAAUCCUGCAGCAGCCAUUUGACUACACCCUCGCCUUCAACCAUGCCCUCAAACAGAUCGUUGAAUCGCUUCCUCAGUCGAGACCAGAUCAACGAGCGCAAGAUACAGUCUACUACUGCGCCUGGGCAGGUAGCUUCGGACUCAACGCCUGUAACCCUCGAACAUUGUCGUCUAACCAUCUCAAUGCGAUGGUUUCCCUAGAGGGUAUUGUCACAAGAUGUUCGCUGAUCCGACCGAAAAUUGUAAGAAGUGUGCAUUGGAACGACAAAAAAGAGACUUUCCACUUUCGAGAGUACCAGGAUCAAACGAUGACAAAUGGUGCUACAUCGUCGAGUGUAUAUCCCCGCGAAGAUGAGGAGGGUAACCCCUUGGUUACCGAGUAUGGCUUCUGCACUUACAGAGAUCAUCAAACAAUUUCUAUUCAGGAAAUGCCCGAGCGAGCACCGGCCGGUCAACUGCCCCGUGGCGUUGACGUGAUUCUGGAUGAUGACCUGGUCGAUAAAGUGAAGCCAGGUGACCGUGUCCAAUUGGUUGGCAUUUUCAGAACCCUUGGUAACCGAAACACAAACCACAACAGUGCGCUCUUCAAGUCUGUGAUUCUCGCCAACAACAUCGUCCUCCUUUCUUCAAAAUCCGGUGGAGGCGUGGCAACUGCGACCAUCACUGACACAGACAUUCGCAACAUCAACAAAGUAGCGAAGAAAAAGAACCUCCUUGAGCUCCUGUCUCAAUCUCUAGCACCGAGUAUCUAUGGCCAUGACCAUAUCAAAAAGGCGAUUCUCCUGAUGCUUCUUGGUGGUAUGGAGAAGAAUUUGGAAAACGGCACCCAUUUGAGAGGUGACAUCAACAUUCUCAUGGUUGGUGAUCCAUCUACCGCCAAAUCCCAGUUGCUUCGUUUUGUUCUCAACACAGCCCCUCUGGCAAUUGCAACAACCGGUAGAGGUUCUUCCGGUGUUGGUUUGACCGCUGCUGUCACUUCAGACAAGGAGACUGGUGAACGACGCCUGGAAGCUGGUGCCAUGGUCAUGGCUGAUAGAGGUGUCGUGUGUAUCGAUGAGUUCGAUAAGAUGUCAGACAAUGAUCGGGUGGCCAUCCACGAAGUCAUGGAGCAGCAGACUGUCACAAUUGCCAAGGCGGGUAUCCAUACCUCUCUGAAUGCGAGAUGUUCCGUCGUCGCUGCUGCCAACCCAGUCUUUGGGCAAUACGACCCGCACAAAGAUCCUCACAAAAACAUCGCUCUUCCAGACUCCCUUCUCUCCCGUUUCGAUUUAUUGUUUGUCGUGACAGAUGAUAUUGAGGAUACUAGAGACCGUCAAGUAUCUGAGCACGUUUUGCGCAUGCACCGAUACCGUCAGCCUGGUACUGAAGAGGGAGCCCCUGUCCGCGAACAAGCGUCACAAUUUUUAGGCGUCUCUGCCGACACCCAGACUACAACUGCAGGACCUACAGAUGUAUAUGAAAAGUUUGAUGCAAUGCUGCAUGCUGGUGUGACACACACUACUGGCCGUGGAGCCAACAAAAAGCCCGAAAUUCUCAGUAUUCCGUUCAUGAAGAAGUACAUCCAAUAUGCAAAGACGCGAAUUCGACCCGUCCUAACCCAAGAGGCUUCGAACCGCAUUGCCGAAAUCUACGUCGGCCUUCGCAAUGAUGAGAUGGAAGGUAACCAGCGCAGAACGAGUCCUUUAACCGUUCGUACUCUUGAAACAGUUAUCCGUCUGGCUACUGCUCAUGCCAAAUCACGUCUCUCUAGCCAGGUUGAGGAGCGUGAUGCUCUUGCUGCAGAGGCUAUUCUGCGAUUUGCCCUUUUCAAGGAAGUUGUUGAGGAAUCGCGAAAGAAGCGUCGCAGGACCAACACUGUUGAGAUGGAUAUCUCAAGCGAUGAAGAAGAUGAUGACGAUGAUGACGAUGAGGAUGACGAAAAUGACGCCGCAUUCAAGGGAAGUCGCCCUGCAGAAGGUUCCUCAAGGGCUACGCGCUCUCAAACUGGUCCGAGAAGAACUGCCAACGGUAAAGGUGUCGCGACUUCUAAUGAUCUUGAAGAUGAUGACGAAGACGAUGACGAGGAUGACGAAGAAGAGGCUGCCUCUUCAUCAGCACCUCACCGAAGCACAAGAUCGGCAAACGCAACCUCGCAGUCGCAGACAUCGUUUGCAUCGUCACUUCCCGCUUCUCAGCUACCUUCUCAGUCUCAGGACGAGUCCUUGGCCGAUGGCGCUGCAGAACUGGCCAUUGAUGAUACUCCAAUCACCACCAGUCGAUUGGCAACUUUCCGCACAGCUCUAGGUCAGCUACUGAACACAGAUCUCUUUGAGGAUGAUGCGGCCAGUCUUGACAAAGUCAUCACUGCCGUCAAUAAGAAGGUCGGAAACCGGGAUGGUGGCGCCUUUGGGAAACCCGAGUCCAUCAAGGCUCUCAAGAAACUUGAAGAAGCGAAUCACAUCAUGUUUGCGGACGGCGAUUUGGUAUAUAAGAUUUAG